AUGCGGGCGUCGUCCACGUCGAACGUCUUCGCGUCCGGUCGCUUCGGCGCCGGACGCGGCGCCGGGGGUGCGCGCUGCGUCGCCGUGGCGCGGGUGAACGCGCCGAUGCGCGCGUGUGCGUUGGGAUCCGCGCGCGUGAGCUACGCGGGGGCGAGCGCGAAGGCGCUGCGGUGCGACGCGCGAGGCGUGACCCUAGGCGCGUCGCGCAGGCGCUCGCUGCGGAUCGACGCGAUGUUCGAGCGCUUCACCGAGAAAGCCAUCAAGGUUGUCAUGUUGGCGCAGGAAGAGGCUCGGCGUUUGGGGCAUAACUUUGUGGGGACCGAACAGAUCAUGUUGGGCUUGAUCGGCGAAGGCACCGGCAUCGCGGCCAAGGUGCUCAAGUCCAUGGGUAUUUCGUUGAAGGAGGCCCGUAUUGAGGUUGAGAAGAUUAUCGGUCGUGGUUCUGGCUUCGUUGCGGUGGAGAUUCCGUUCACGCCGCGGGCGAAGCGCGUGUUGGAGCUCGCGCUCGAGGAGGCGCGCCAGCUCGGCCACAACUACAUCGGUACCGAACACUUGUUGCUCGGUCUGCUCCGCGAAGGCGAGGGCGUUGCCGCGCGCGUGCUCGAAAACCUCGACGCUGAUCCGGCCAAGAUUCGCUCUCAAGUGAUUCGCAUGGUUGGUGAGACGCAAGAGGCCGUCGGCGCUGGCGCCGGUGGCGGCCAAGGCGCGCAGGCUGGCUCCAAGACGCCGACGCUCGAGGAGUUCGGUAGUGACCUCACGAAGAAGGCUGAGGAAGGCAAGCUUGACCCGUGCAUCGGCCGCGUGAACGAAAUCAUUCGUGUCACGCAAAUUCUCGGACGCCGUACCAAGAACAACCCUUGUUUGAUUGGUGAGCCGGGUGUCGGUAAGUCUGCCAUUGCGGAAGGUCUCGCGCAAAAGAUCGCCACGAACGACGUUCCGGAUACCCUCGACUCCAAGCGUAUGAUGACUCUCGACAUGGGUCUCCUCGUUGCUGGUACCAAGUACCGUGGUGAGUUCGAAGAGCGUCUCAAGAAGCUCAUGGACGAAGUUAAGAAUGAUGAAAACAUCAUCCUCUUCAUUGACGAAGUCCACACGCUCAUCGGCGCUGGUGCGGCCGAAGGUGCCAUCGAUGCCGCGAACAUUUUGAAGCCGGCCCUGGCUCGUGGUGAGCUUCAGUGCAUUGGUGCUACCACCAUUGAUGAGUACCGCAAGCACAUCGAGAAGGACCCGGCGCUCGAACGUCGUUUCCAACCGGUGCAAGUGCCAGAACCGACGGUGGAUGAAACUAUCCAAAUUCUCCGUGGUCUUCGUGAGCGAUACGAGUUGCACCACAAGCUCAAGUACUCCGACGACGCUCUCAUCGCCGCCGCGAAGUUCUCCAGCCAGUACAUCUCCGAUCGUUUCUUGCCGGACAAGGCGAUCGAUCUUAUUGAUGAGGCUGGUUCUCGCGUGCGCUUGGCCAACGCGGCCCUUCCGGAGGAAGCCAAGGAGCUCGACAAGGAACUCAAGGCUUUGAUGAAGGAGAAAGACAAUGCGAUCCGUUCUCAAGAUUUCGAGGCGGCCGGCGGUCUUCGUGACCGUGAGGUUGAGCUUCGUGCGCAAAUCAAGCAAAUCACCGAGCGCAAGCAAGAGGAGAGCCGUGCCAAGUCGGAAUCUGGUGAUGAAACUGGCCCGCAGGUUGUUGAACAAGACAUCGCCGAUGUCGUCGCCGCGUGGACCGGUAUUCCGGUCGACAAGGUGUCAUCCGAUGAAGGUACCCGCCUCAUGGCCAUGGAAGAGACGCUCCACAAGCGCCUUGUUGGCCAAGAGGAAGCCGUCGUCGCCUGCGCGCGUGCCAUCCGUCGUGCUCGUACCGGCUUGAAGAACCCCAACCGCCCGGUUGCAUCCUUCAUCUUCUCCGGUCCGACUGGUGUCGGUAAGUCCGAGCUCGCCAAGUCUCUGUCUUCCUUCUACUUCGGCUCCGAAGACGCCAUGGUUCGUCUUGACAUGUCUGAAUUCAUGGAACGCCACACCGUGUCCAAGCUCAUCGGUUCCCCGCCGGGUUACGUCGGUUACUCCGAAGGUGGUCAGCUCACGGAAGCUGUUCGCCGACGCCCGUACACCCUCGUGCUCUUCGAUGAAAUCGAAAAGGCUCACCCGGAUGUGUUCAACAUGAUGCUUCAAAUCCUUGAGGACGGUCGCUUGACCGACUCCAAGGGUCGUGUUGUCGAUUUCAAGAACACCCUCAUUAUCAUGACGUCGAACGUUGGUGCUUCGGCGAUUGAGAAGGGCGGCGGUGGCUUGGGUUUCCAACUUGACGAUAAUGCGGAAGACCAAUCAUACAACCGCAUCAAGAGCUUAGUGAUGGAGGAUUUGAAGAACUACUUCCGACCGGAAUUCCUCAACCGUCUUGACGAAAUCAUUGUGUUCCGUCAACUCAACAAGCAAGAAGUGCGUGAAAUCGCGUACAUCAUGCUUGAAAAUGUGUUCAAGCGCCUCAAGGAAAAGGAAAUCACCCUCGAGUGCACGGAGCGCUUCAAGGAUCGUCUCGUCGACGAAGGUUUCUCGCCGGCGUACGGUGCUCGUCCGUUGCGUCGCGCCAUCAUGCGUCUGCUUGAGGACAACCUCUCCGAGAAGAUGCUCACGGGUGAAAUUUCGGAGGGCUCUUCUUGCAUUAUGGAUGUCAAUGCGGAAGGUGAAAUCACGGUGUUGACUGGUGAUGGUAGAGAGCUUAAGGCGGGCAGCGCGAUUGGCGGUCCGGCUGGCAUCGCGUAA